AUGAGGGUCGACCUGGGGAAGCAGCUCCAGUUCCCCAGGGAGAUCGUCGAAACAUUGCUACGGCCAGACCUGGUCUUCUGGUCAGAGGUUUGCAAGACGGUUCUUCUGGUCGAGCUCACUGUCCCAUGGGAGGGGGGGUUGGAGGCUGCUUAUGAGCGAGAGCGAGCCAAGUACUCUGACCUGGCAGCAGAGUGCAGGGAGGCUGGCUGGAAAGCUGUCAUCUGCCCUUUGGAAGUGCGGUGUAGGGGCUUCGUGGGUUCCUCAACUGCCCGCCUACUCCGAGACAUUGUAUGCACAGGAGCGGGGCAUCGGAAAACCAUGAAAGAGCUGGCCGAGGAGGUGGACAAAGGCAGCUUCUGGCUGUGGCUAAGGAGGAAGCAAAAGAAGAGAUUCAGAUUCCAUAAAAGGAACCAAGAGGAGGGUGAAUCUGUCUCACAGUUCAUAGCUGUAUUGAAACGGUUGUCUGAACAUUGUGAAUUUGGACUUUCACUCAAUGACACCAUACGUGACAGACUGGUGUGUGGUCUACGCAGUGAGGCCAUCCAGAAACGACUGCUUACGGAGGCUGAUCUAACCCUGGAAAAGACGAAACCAGUGACCAUCGCAUCUGGAGAAGACACCUCGACCAAAUGCUGCACACUUCGGGGUCUCAUGAUGACUCACGCCAGCCGACAUCUUUUGUUCCGGAGCUGUGUCCUUCCCUGGAGCAGCCUCAAACCCCAGACACGGCUGCUGUUCGAAGUGCACCUGGAUCUGCUCCUGGCACACCGGAACCUGCACGAGUACCUGCCUCAGGUUUCACUUCACCCAGACCAGAACCCACACCAUCUACAGUGACCGAAAUGCCUAGAGGUCGUGUUUACCCUCA